AUGGGAUACCAUCCAUCCGGGAACUUUGUAAGAACCCUGCCGCCGUGUCCGGCUCGAAGGAAGGAAGGCGCACAUGAUGCAGAGAGUUGCCUAGACCGCCUCUAUGGUGGCUUUUUCUCUGAUUGGGUAUGUGGUGGACAGUGGAACCGCAUGACAUGCUUCCUUUCCAGCUUAGUGCAAGCUUGCCACAGUGCCAACAUGGAGUUAGUUGUCUUCUUCAACGGUGCUCUGGAAAGUCAAAGUUUAGACGAUUGGUCUACCGAGCAGCACAAUCAAAGAAAGAAAGCAAACUUAGUGGCUAAGCAUGUCAAUAACAAGGGUACUCCACCACCAAAGGUUUGGUGGACGCCGCCCGUAUUUUUAAGGGGUUCUCUCCGUAUGGCUUUACGCCAGUUGAAUGUGACCGUUGCUUGUUCGAUGGACGACCACCACCAAGAAGUGAUCGGCUAUUGCCGAGAGCAUGGACUACAAGGGAUUAUAGCUCAAGAUUCGAUGUACGCAAUAUUUGACCCACCGCGGUAUUUCUGUUCCAAUAACCUCAAACUUACUUACAAAGGCUCACUAGAAACUAAGGAAUACAUCAUGGACGACAUAGCUAAGUGUCUCAAUCUUCACCUUAGUCGCUUUUGUCUGUUUGCUGCACUAUUAGGAAAUCACAUUCUUUCUGAUGAAGACCUUGUUGAAUUUUUCAAAGAUGAAGUUUAUAAAGCAACUGAGGGAAAACCAACAAAGCUCACGCCAGAAAAAGUUAUUAAAGCUGUGGUUGAUUAUGUUAGAAAACUUCCAUCAGUUGACAAUUUGGAUGCUAUUGGAGAUGACAUUUUUAAGAAUUCAAAUAAAAACAAACAAGAACUUGUAGCAAGAUUAAAACAAAGUGUCCAAUAUUAUUUGAAUGGUACUCAAGAUGGAUUCCUUAAAUACAAACCAAGAAUAAAAUUAACUGGUCUUCCUAGACAAACAAGCAGUUAUGCCAUGCAGAAUGGGCAAAAUAGAAAAGAUACAACAGAAACCUCUGGAUAUGCUGAUUCUGCCAACCCACAAAUAGUUAUUGAUCCACCAAAUCAAAUUUUGCAAGAUCACAUUGAUCAAGCCGGAGAUUCCAAAAAACAUGCAGCUGACAAUACAUGGACACAAACACAAGGACAAAGAAAAACUGAAAACACACAGAAUGAUAAGGACUUUAAAUUACCCCAGAUAUCUCCAGAAAUAAUGCGUAUUGCCAGUGAGAGACACCAAAAAGGACUGAUGUCACCUUGGGUUUAUCAGUUACUAUCUCAAGGUGAAGUCAAAUUAGAAAUCUGUCUUGAAGAUGAUGUCACCAGAGAUUUACCCUCUUAUAUUGAACUUUACCGACCUGUUAGGCAGACUCUUUACUCUGUACUUUUCAAUUUGAACAAACUGAAAAUUAUUCAUGAAAAUCAGAACAAAGAUAAAGGUGACAAAUCUUUUGAAGUUGGUGUAAAAGAAUGGGUGAUUCGUAAAGGCACAUCUGGAACACACUGUGACAUAGUGAUGGCACGUCCAGUUGACUGGAAGACUCCAAGCAUUGAGCGUCUUUGGUUAGGACAACAAGCUGAUGAUAAAAAUCGGCGCCUGAGAGCAUUCCUGACCUGUCUGAAAAGUGAUACCCCUCUCAUGUUAAACACAAGCUAUGUUCCACAACACCUCCUCCUAAUGUGCUGUGUUCACAGGUACAUUUUACAAACUAGCAGAAUUCUACAAAGGCAAGAAUUAGAUGCAUUCUUAGCGAUGGCAGUGUCGCCUCUUCUUCAUGACAUUCAGAUUAUGCAAGAUCUAAAGCUUCCUUCUAUCAGUAAUCGUGGGGUACAUCUUGCGUCAUUGUUCAUGGCUGGAAUUGAAACUGCUAUCUUUGCCAAUGACAUUUGUGGAGCCCCAAUUCCAUGGACCAUGUGCUGUCCAUGGCUUUACUUUGAUGGCAAGUUGUUUCACUUCAAGCUCUUGAAAGCAAACAAUAACACUCCAUUAAUAGAUAUGUGUGAUGGACAGGUUGACCAAGUUCUUAAGGUUGAACGAAUGCGACAAGCAAUCAUGGAAGGUUUAAAAGUGGAAUUUGCCAAACCUCCACUGUCAGCUGCUGGCCAUUAUGCUAAUUAUUCAUUUCCUCCUUACCAAAAUGUGAAUUAUGGACAUCGACCACCAGGUGCCUCUCCUGUUCCUUCAAAUGUUCCGGCUAGUGGACAAAAUCAAAAUAAAGGCAGAGGAAGAGGCAUUCUUGGGCGCUCACCAGUAGAUGCUAGAGGAGGACAGUUAGAGAUUGCAGGUGUUGUAGUUGGGAGCUGGGGACCAAAUCUUCAUGGAGCAGCUCGAGGUCGGGCCUCCAAUAUGGCUCCACAGGUUAUGUCAGUUGGUGGACCAGGAAAAAGGGUUCAACGUGGGGUAGUUUCAAACAGAGCUCUCAGGGGCAAACCAUCCACAACACUUUAUGGCAUGGGCAGAGGAAUAAGAACUGGACAUGAUCCUCGUUUUCCAAGAGGCCGAGGAUUCCGGCCAACUACUAGACGUACACUAAGAGCCCGUCCAAAGCCAGGAAAUAAACCUCGAAAUGUCAAGGGCACAGGAGCAGUUGCAAUUGGCCGUGGAAGAGGUUGCACAGUAGAAAUAACUGGAGAAUCUGGAUCCGCGGUUGUAUCUGUGAAUCAAUUUUUAUCUGGCUCAGACAAUGACAAACAUGGAAAAUACACCAAUGCUGAUGAUGAGAAAGUGAAUUCAAACAGUGCAAUAAGCCAGAAAGAUAAAAAAGGUGGUGCAAAAAGUCAUGUGCAUCUUAAUCUGCUUCAUCUUGACCCUUUCUUUUCUCUUUCCUUACCUGCCUGCCUGUGCCCACGAGCACAAGUGAUUCCAGGUGACACUUUCCCCCCUACUGUUUCUUAA